AUGCCAAACAAAUUCCAGCGUGGCAUGUUAUCAUUAGCGGUAACGCUUUGCGAAAUGUUGGGAUGCUUAAGUAUUUUGUUAAAUUUAUUUAUAAUUGGUACUCUGAUAAAGCAUCGGAAACGUGUGCUCAAAAAUGUCUUCUAUUUGAUGGUGUUUCACUGCGCUGUUGUUGAUCUCAUACGGGGUUGCUGCCUGAUCGUUUGGGGUUUACCGCAUAUCAUUAUCAAUAAUCGUUCUACCAUCCAUGAUCGUUUGUUGGUUUUAAAAAUAAAUCAAUUUACGAUAAUUAUAUUGCGAUCCUGUAAUCUAUUGACAAUAUUCAAUCUUUUGGUAUUCACUUGUAAUGAAUUCAUCGUUAUUCGAUACCCUUUUCAAUAUAGGCGGCACUUCAGACGGCGCGCUGUUUUUAUCUGCUUGUUUCUUAGGUAAAA